UGUGAAGAUGUGAAGAUGGAGAUGACACAUCACCAACAGGAGCACUAGCCUACUGAAAAGAACAAUGAAUAUCAAUUGAAUUCAGACAGGAUUGGAACCAUUGACUUUACAGUCUAGGGGCUGGUAUGUUAGCCAAUGAUAGACUCAUUGGAAUGGAACCCCAGACUCGCGACCAGGAUGCCUGAACUAGAGGACAACUUUGAUGAUCUCUUCGGAGUGGAGCCUCCCGAAGAGUGCCUAGCCCAAGACGCAGAUCCAGGCGUAGCAGGUAGAGGAGAUGCUAAAAGGCGAAAGACCGGACGAGCCCCAGGAAAACAUGUUGAAUCUUCCACGAUGCUUCAGCAGAAAAGUAGCAUAGUGGAACAAGAGCCGGAUGCCUUUCGAACAGCAUUGGAGGAAUUUGAUGGAGACCGUCUGACUGCUCUAAGCGAGGAGGCUUUGGCAUCUUUUAACACUAAGUCCGCGAGGACGCUGAGGACAGCGACGACAUUCUUGAAAGGAGGUAAAAGCAAUAAGAAUAAUAAGGGUAUUAAAGACAAAGAAGAGGCAGAUGAAGAAGUUGCUUCAUGUAGUAGUGCCUCGUCGAAACAAAUAUUCGGGGAUGACGUAGCCAGUGUAGAUGGAGGAAAAGCACCGUCGACUACGCAUUCUCUUUUUAGCGGGUAUGCUGGUGGAAUGAGAGGUGGUGGAGGAGCAGGGGUCUACACGGACGAGGUACUGCAGGGGUCUACAAGUUGCGCUGCUUCAAAGGCUCCUGGAAAGGGGAAAGGGAAAGGUUCAACGGGUAAGAAGCGGUGUGUAAAGGACGAGGUGGAAGCGAACUCUUGUGUUUCCUUAACGAAGAUCCGGAAGUCACAUUUUGCUGGAUCGUCUACUGCGAAUGUUCACAAGAACAGGCAGAAGAAGUCCUCUUCCUCCUCUUCAGCUGAAGAAAGUGAACACGGCCGCGUGGACCACAGAAGUACCUCUAGUAGCUCUAGAUAUGAACAACUAGAAGCCACCAACAACAUGAACAGUACCUCUAGCUCUAAAUAUGAACUAGAAGCCACCAGCACCAACAUUUGUUCCUCCCGUCCUCCGAUCGUGGCUCCCCGUGUUCACAACUGCGUCGCCUCUUUCGAAAUGCGCACGAAGAUCAACCUCCAGGACGCCUGUUUCAAGGCGAGGAACAUCGAGUAUAACGGCAAAAAGUCUCACAGCUUGAUUGUUCGUCUGCAGGAGCCCAGAGCUGCGGGACUGGUGUACGAACACGGACGCGUGAUGAUCACUGGCGCGAAAUCACCAGAUGAGGCUAAGUUGGCGGGGAAAAAGAUUGCCAAACUGUUUCAAGCGAUCGGGUACAAGGAUGCGAGGUUCGUGAACUAUCAGCUGGUGAACCUAGUAGCGAUAGCAGAUCUCGGAUUCCCUGUGCGGUUGGAACGUAAGACCAUCAUGUUAGACUACUCUAUUCUGUACGCCUUGUUUUUGAUCUUCAGUUAGUUGCUCGACACAUCUCCUUCACCAUCGCCGCUGCCUCUCCGCCUCACAAGCGGAGAUGGUGGAGGAGAUGUGAGCAACUAACUGUAGUAAAAUCCUCCCUGGAAUGAACACUCAUUCACCAUCCUCCCUGGAUUGAACACUCCUACUACAGUUACUUGCUCGACACAUCUCCUUCACCGUGUCCGCUGCCUCUCUGCUUCACCAUACUUUUAUACUUUCAGGCGUCGCUUUCGAUUAUCAAGGUCAGGCGAGCUAUGAGCCUGAGCUUUUCUCAGGUUUGGUCUGGAAGCAGUGGGAUCCUCAAGUUUCCGUGCUCAUAUUCGUCUCCGGUAAAAUUGUUAUGACCGGUACCAAAUCACCGGAUGAUCUGUAUGCGGUGCUUGACGAAUUAUACCCAAAAUUGGCAAAGUAUCAAAAGUAAACGUGCUGAAAAAUGGGGUUUGAUGCUUAGAGCAGCGAAGCUGCAUGUCUAUGUUUGCCUUAGUUCUUUUGACGAUGAAUGGCACCUGUGGACCUCAGGCACCUGUGGACCUCACUGUGACGAUUUUUAAGUGGUACGCAAGAAUUCUACUAAUCUUAAAUCUUUGUACUUGUACAGAUAUAGAGGCUUUCUUCACUAUACUUUUAGAAUGAGUCGUUCCUUGAAUUUUAGUGGAGACUUCAUCUCAAUUCCCCCUCUCCCGAAGAGAGGCUAAUACAUAGUGAGCACUAACUAAGACACACCUCCACGAGAAGAUGACUCGCGAGUCUAAUACAUAAUGAAAAAGAUGCUGGGAGUCAAAAGUGCUAUGAGA